AAUUAAUCAAUCCCCUUAAUUUCAGGGACCUUUACUGGAAGCAGAAAUUUACAAGGUGUGGCGCCAUGUGUCAAACCACAGAAUCCCACCACCACUAUCCCUUUAUUGUCAUUGAUGAAAGCCACCUUCCCCACUUCCUUCCCAUCUGAAUCUCUCGCCUAUCCUUCUCAACCAGGAAAAAGGGCGAUCUUCGAAGGCGAACCUCUGACCUCCGAAAUCUGCUCUGCUUUUCCAUGUUUGAUCCCGACUGAUCGGUUCUGUUUCUGCCCGCCUGUGUACAAUGACCGCCGCUGAUAACCAGUUGAUUUCUGUUAGUCCUGAAGAGCUCAAGUUCCAAUUUGAACUCGACAAACAGAGUUACUGUGAUCUAAAAGUUUCAAAUGCUAGAGAUCAACAUGUUGCUUUCAAGGUAAAAACCACUUCCCCAAAGAAGUAUUUUGUACGACCAAAUACAGGUGUUAUAUUGCCAGGGGGCUCAUGUGUCAUCAGAGUGACUCUUCAAGCUCAACGAGAAUAUCCUCUUGAUAUGCAAUGCAAGGAUAAAUUUCUUUUACAGAGCACCAUUGUGGAUAGUUAUAUUGAUGACCUUCCACCAGAUACUUUUAAUAAGGACAGUGGGAGAAUAAUAGAGGAGUGCAAGCUUAGGGUGGUAUACAUUUCUCCUCAUUCCACUCCAGGAAAUUCAGAAGACGGGGUAUUCAAACAAAUCUCUGAUACAUCAAACUCCAGUCUGACGUUAGAGCGCAUUAGAGAGGAAAUAAAUGCAGCUGUACUGGAAACACAACAACUACAACAAGAACUGGAUGUGCUGAAGAGAAGAAAUAGGAAAAAUGGUGUAGGAUUCUCCUUAAAGUUCACUCUUCUUGUUGGGUUCAUUGGGCUUAUGGUUGGCAUCCUCUCCAAGCUAUUGUUGUCUUCCCCUCCUGCAGAAUAACAAGUCGCCCCCCUCCCUUAUGCAUUAUGACAGUUUCCCCUCACCCCCUCUCAAUAUCUUAUCUUCUUAUCCGAGUGCGAAAAUAGGAUUCUCAAUAUCAGGCCAUGUAAAUUGGAUUCACCCUUAGCAGGUAGCUGUACGGUUUUUGUCAAAGAGUAUUCAGCCUCUAAUGUCUCUUAUACGCUUGUUAUGUUUUUUUUAUGGGUUUGCUCAUUUGCAGCUUUGACGCAGUUUUAUUUA